UGGUGCUUUCCAUUCCCAUCCUCAACCCAGGGGCAAAUACCACCUGGGAUCUUAGACUAUGAACCUCAGAGCUGAGUGAACAGCCACUGUGCUGCCUCCUACAUUGUGCUGUCACUGCUGCUGCUGUCACGGCCCCAGCCCAAGAACAUGGACAAGAUGCUUUUUUGGGUCUCUGUCUUUACCAUCUUCCUGGAUGUCUUUGCUCAGACAGACCUCGACAAGAAGGUAUUUGUGUUCCCUAGAGAAUCUUCCAGUGAUCACGUGAAUCUGAUAACAAAAUUGGAGACACCUCUGCAGGAAUUUACCGUGUGUUUGCGAGCUUAUAGUGAUCUUUCUCGACAUUACAGCCUCUUCUCCUACAACACCCCAGGCAAGGAUAAUGAGCUACUCAUUUAUAAAGAAAAGCUUGGAGAAUACAGUCUGUACAUUGGAGGGACCAAAGUCACAGCCAGGGUUCCCGAAGAGAUUCUAGCUCCAGUGCAUAUCUGUACCAGCUGGGAGUCCUCCUCUGGCAUUGCUGAGUUUUGGAUCAAUGGGAAGCCUUUGGUGAAAAAAGGUCUGAAGAGGGGGUACUCUGUGGCAGCUCACCCCAAGAUUAUCUUGGGGCAGGAGCAGGAUUCCUAUGGAGGAAAGUUUGAUCGAGGUCAGUCAUUUUUAGGAGAGAUUGGGGACGUGUACAUGUGGGACUCUGUACUGUCUCCAGAUGACGUCCAGGCUGUGUAUUAUGGGUCCUAUGUCAAUGGUAGUAUCCUGAACUGGCAGGCUCUGAACUAUGAGUUGAAUGACUAUGUCAUCAUCAAACCUCGAGUGUGGGACUGAGGUCUAACACUGACCGAAGCUAUUGAAAAUGAAAUGACCAACACCUGAGAGAUCUUCUCAAAGCCUCUGGAUACCAGAGCCUUUACCUGUAGUGCUUUUUUGAAUUUCCCAUCUAUAUUUCUGCCUAAUAAAAUGGUUGUGUUAUGCCAUC